CCGCCAGGAUUCCACGACUCGCCCACGCUGGUUUACGAGGUGGCGCACAGUGUGCUCCUGUCACACGCGUACUCCGUGCAACGGUUCAGGGAGCUCAAUCGAGUGGUGUUGUCCAGCCGAAAGCGCAUGGGUAUCGUACUCAAUGCCAAUCAGUUCCACCCUCUUCGGGAGAACAACAUUGAAGAUGCAGAAGCUGCGGAGCGCGCGAUGAACUUCGAGUUUGGCUGGUGGCUGCUGCCCCUCACCUCCGGCGACUACCCGCCCGUCAUGCGCGAGCGAGUCGGUGAGCGUUUGCCUCGCUUCACGGCCGAGCAGACCGCUCUAGUCAAGGUCUCGUACGACGUGCUGAUGUUAAACCACUAUUUCGCUCGCUCCGUUACUUCCUGCGACUCGGAGGUGUCCAACACGCCGUGCUCUUCGCUCCACGUCGGCUUCGGACAGGACAAGGGUGUCGACGACACGCACAUAGAACCAGGCUCCCGUCCAGGACUGCAGGACAGCCAAGGCAACAACUACUGCAAGUCGUACACGGCCUACCCUCCCGGGUACUUGGACACGAUCAAGUGGAUGCAUGCGAAGGACCCCUCGGCGGAGAUCUUGCUAACGGAGAACGGCUGGUGCGGCAACGAUGAAGUGGAGAACUUGGACCAGCUGUGGUUCUUCCAGUCGUACAUUGAGCAAGUCUGCAAGGCCGUGGUGGAGGAGAAGAUCCCCGUCAUCAGCUACACUGCCUGGAGCUUCCUGGACAACUACGAGUGGGGGUCGUACGGUCCUCGCUUCGGGCUCUACUACGUCAACUUUACGGCACAGACUGGAUCCGUGGAAGGUUACAGGCCCAAGCCGACGGACUUGCAGCGUAUCGCGCUUCCGUCCGCCAAGUGGUUCAGCAAGCUGGCGUCUACAGGCUGUCUGGACGAAUUGACCGAGACCGAUGCGGUUGCUGCCAUUGCCAUGCGAGCUGCGGUGAGGCAGGGGUCCCCGGUUAUUGCUGCAACGAGAACCGCUACGAGCGGACUGCUGUCGACGGGCAUGAUGAUCGUAUUCGCGGCAGUCGGCACUGCCAUGCUCGUCGCGACGUGGCGUCGUCGUCAGGGAUACGUGGCCAUCCCGCGCUUCUCCGUCAACUAA